CGUUGAUUAGGUAAGAAGGACUUUAUUUUUUUAUUGUUUAAGAAUUUUAAUCUUCCUUUUUACUGAACUUCGUAUGUAAGCGUGUGUAGCAUGUAAUAUUAUGGCAAGCUGACAUGAUCAUCCGCUUCUGUCCAAACCAACGUGUAUAUCAAACAAGAAGAACACAAACCCUGAUCGACUUUUGACAUUCAGAGAAAACACUAUUAUCCGAUACAAGGCAGUAGACUCACUCCACCUUCAAUCCACACAAAGAUAAGCAAACGGCCUUUACUACCUCCUUCCUUCCUUUGUUCUCCAUCAUCGAUCACAAGAAGAAAAAGCAAGACCGACAAACAAAGGAGCCUGUCGAUCAUCACAACGAUCUGAACCCAUUUCAAGGCUUCAUAAUUGAUGUCGCAUAGUGGCAAUCGGUGACCGUAAGGGGGCACGAGCAAGAGCCGAAACAAAGGGUUAUGCGAUUUCAUGUGGUGGGCGUUGGAGGGGGAACAGGAGCGCUAUUAUCGUAUCAUAUAAAGAGAGCAACACGGCUUCUAGCAGACAGUCAGUCUUUAGGUGGAAUAGGAACAGAUAGCAUUGGCUUGAAUGGAGAAGUUCUUGGCAAUCUUCCUAAUCCUUCCGUUUUGCAUCAUCUACCCGGACCUAACGAAUCAGGUGUCACGCUACGGGUACAGAAGCAUAACUUUCUGAAAAAGAUAGGGGACAGUAAUGCCGUCACGAUCGAACGGGAUGGUGUUGCAAGAACAGAGAGAGGGUUCAAUGUACAGCUAACGGGCGCUUUCGAUGCUCUAGGAGGUGCAUUCAAGGCAUCAUCUUCACAAACACAAGAUUCGGAUCAAGCAGGAACAUCGAUAUGUGAAUCGAUAGGAUAUCCAAAAGGAUCUUUGGAUGCUUUGAUAGUCGCUACUAAACCGCAAUAUACAGCAUCCAUAUUGGAACCUCUGGUUGGUUCUCUAACACCUGCUUCUACGCUUGUUCUUUUACAAAAUGGACAAGGAAUAUUGGAUGAAAUAUUACCCCGAUACUUUCCCGACUCAAAGAAGAGGCCGAACAUUAUCAUGGCUACAUCUACGCAUAGACUAUGGUCAAAAUCAAGACUACAUGCUGUUCAUGCACAUUUAGGUAGAUUGGAUAUCGCCGUUCUUCCUGGUUCAAAUGUUGGCGUAGAUUACGAAAAGAUUUGGACACCUUCAACUUCAACGGAAGGUGAUCUAAUACAGCGGCAGAAUGAUGAGCAAGCGGACAAAGGAGGCUUUAGCAAAUUUUUCAAAAAGCAGCAAGUGAGCCUGGAUCGGUCGUAUGCGACAGUCGCACCUGAUCAACUAGUAUCAAUGUAUGCCAACCGAUCGCCUUCCCCGCUUUCACCGACACUGAAUAUGGACGCUAUUCCAUCAAAUGAUAAUACACGUACACUAACAGAAACGCUUUCUGUAUUGCAAAGUCUACCGCUGGAGGUGACAUGGCAACCUGUGCGGAGAUUCCAGCUGAAGGCUAUACAAAACCUCGUAGUGUCGGCUUGCAUUGAUCCAAUAACUGCUUUGGUAGGCUGCAGAAAUGGCCAUCUGUUUGGCAAUCGAUUUGCCGAACAAGCAAUGCGUGAUGUAUGCAAAGAAACAAGUGAAGUUUUACGAUUGCUAGCAGAAAGAACGCGAGAGAAUGCGCAAAAAGUGAUGAACAGGCAACAAGAAUCACAUGAUCCGCAAUCGUCGACAAUCAAUCAAGACUUUUUAUUGGGAUCGGACGAAUUGAUUGGAAAUUAUAAUUUACCAGAUCAUCCAACUUUGGAUCCUUCUUUACAGUCUGGUGCAUUGUUGGAUACCGUUCAACGUGCCGUUCGCAUGACAGCUCCGCAGUUCAGUACGAUGUACAACGAUUUAAAUACCAACAAAAUUCGGAACAGUAGCGAAAUCAAUUAUAUCAACGGAUACAUUGGACGAUUAGGAAGGUCGUUGGGUGUUGCUACACCGGUAAACGAUAUGCUGGUUUCCAUGAUCCGAUUGAAACAAAGUAAGGAUAAUUCGCCAUGGAAGUCACAGUCGGAGCGAGAUUAGGGCUGAACGAGAGGAAAAGUCACUCAGAGGUGGAUCGUAUCUAGAUCUAGUAUCAUUUAAUCAAACAAUCUAUCAUGUAACAAUAGUCAAUCAUUGCAAUGCCAAAACAUAAUGCGUG